UGACCCCAUCCUUUGAAUAUAUCUAUAAAAAGCCUCUACCCUUCUCUAUCUUCUUUGUAAUAAGCCAAAAACCUCUUUCUCUUUCUCCUAAUCUCUCUUUCUUUUUCUCUCAAAAAUAUUGCUUGCUUACCUCCUCAAACUAAUAUCAAAGCAAACUCUCACAAACUUCUCAAAUCAAAAGCUUAUCUUUUGAUAUAUCAUCACUUUGUGUUCAAACAUAUACAUAUCCAAAGUAGGGUGAUCAAAUUUUCAAUAUUUCAUGGAAGUGGAAGGAAGUGUAAUAAGCAACUCAAACAGCACCAUGCUCCAAAGUGAUGAUGAGUUGGAUCUUCGACGAGGGCCAUGGACCGUCGAUGAAGAUCUUGCUCUCAUCAAUUACAUUGCAAAUCAUGGUGAAGGUCGAUGGAAUACUCUUGCUCGUUCCGCUGGACUCAAGCGAACUGGCAAGAGUUGUAGAUUGAGAUGGUUGAAUUAUCUUCGUCCAGAUGUUCGUCGUGGCAACAUCACACUUGAAGAACAACUUCUUAUUCUUGAACUUCAUAGUCGUUGGGGAAACCGAUGGUCUAAAAUUGCUCAAUACUUACCGGGAAGAACAGACAACGAGAUCAAGAAUUAUUGGAGAACCCGUGUCCAAAAACAUGCCAAACAACUCAAAUGUGACGUAAACAGCAAGCAAUUUAAAGAUGCUAUGCGAUACCUUUGGAUGCCAAGGCUAGUGGAGCGCAUCCAAGCUGCCGCAUCCACCUCCGCCACCCUAGCCACCGCCACUAAUAAUGGUUUACCAAGUGGUACAACGACGGUCACCACCAACAAUACACCAUACAACAUAAACAACAAUUUUGAUGUCCAUAGUGACGCGAACAUGUUAACUCCAACAAUUAUGAACACCAACAGUUUAUGUGGUUCACAUGUUGCACAAAGUUAUACCCCGGAAAAUAGUAGCAAUGGCGCCGCAGCAGCAUCAUCGGAUUCAUUUGGGACACAAGUUUCGCCUAUCUCGGAAUUGACUCAAGAUUACUACAAUGUCCCAGUUGGUAGUAACAACAAUAAUAACCCUAAUUCUGAUUAUUACCAACAAGCUCAACAAUUUGGGUUUUUUGAUUGCAUAACUAGCCCAUCUGGAUUGUUCCCUCAAAUGGAUUUCAAUUCCAUGGAACCAAACACUCCUUGGAUUCAAGGGGACACAUCUGACAAUUUCUGGAAUGUUGAAAACAUGUUGCUCUUUCAACAUCCCAAUGACAACAUGUGAAAGUAAGGAAAAGGAGUUAUAAUGAAAUAUAUAUUACAGAUGAUAAAAUAAUAGAAGUAGAAAAAUGAGCAAAUAUAAUAAAUUCAUAUGUAGGACACACAUGUAGAUUUUAAAUUAAGGAAUAUAAGAACAAAGAAGAAAAUGUGAAUUA